AGUGAAAGACUCGGAUCGUUAGUCUAGCUUUUACCCUUUUUAAUGGGUUAGAAAAGGUGUCUUCAUGGUGAAGAAAGAGAAAAAAAACAGAAAAGAAAAAAAGAAAAAGCAGUGAGCAACAUCUUUAAAAGGCCACUUGAAAAGAUUCAUUGCCGGGAUACAGAGACAGAGUUGCUUUCCUUUGGCAGUGUAAAGAAUACUUUCUUCCCCUUCUUGAGCAGCGAGUGGUGUACUCUCUUCUCUCAUUUUCUGAGUUGGAAUGGCUUCCACAAUCCCUAGGGUUUCCUUCAAUCUCAGGGUUGGUGACGGUAAGCGAUGCCGCAUUCGAGUCGAAGAAGAGGAGAUCCAUCACACAAAGACGUUUUCAGAGCAGGAACCAACAGCUGCAGACCUUAGGAAUCUGUUCGAACUCAGCAUUGACAGUGGUAGUCAUAUCGCUAUUGAAGUACAACCAGAGCAUGCCAUUGAUAAAAUACGAGAGUUGCCUUUUACCUAUAGGGGCCCUAGGGUUUUUUUUGAUAUCACGAUCGGCGGUGUUAAAGCCGGCCGGAUCGUAAUGGAGCUCUUCUCCGACGUGGUUCCAAUUACCGCAGAGAACUUCAGGGCCUUGUGCACCGGCGAAAAGGGUAAAGCCCCUAAUGGGAAGCGCCUCCAUUACCAGGGUUCUUCAUUCCAUAGAAUCUUUCCGAGAGAGUUCUGCUCAGGUGGCGAUUGCACUGGUGGUGAAUCAAUCUAUGGUGGGAAGUUUAAGGACGAGAAUUUCAAGGAAAAGCACGAAGGCUUCGGGGUUCUAUGUAUGGCUACCGGAGGGGUGCCCGAUAACAAUGGCUCCAACUUCGCCAUAUGCAUGAACAAGGACACUACGUCAGACGGCAAGUAUGUUGUGUUUGGUGAGGUGGUGGAGGGGCUGGAUGUGGUCCGGGCCAUCGAGAAGGUCGGAUUGCCUUCCGGCGAGAUCCUUAAGCCCGUUCUCAUCGCGGACUGUGGCCAGCUCUGAAGACAUAACAACCAAGCCAAGAGCUCGUUCCUCUGCUGUUAGGAUUUGUGGCUUUUUUUUCCCCUAGCUUUAUUGAUGGACGCUUUGCAAUUGCUGAGGUAGCUUGGUUUUUCUUUCUUCCUUGAUGCAGAUUGUGAAUAAUUAUCUUGAUGUAGAUCAUGUCUAAUUAUAAAAUACAGCAAGUCUCUCUGUUUUUUAGUGUAAAUUUGUAAAUACUGCAAGUUUUUUUACUUUUGGGAGUUUUAUGGAUACGAGGUUUUAGCUGU